ACCGUUGGAAAUGUGUGAUAUUAUGUCAUCUUUCGAAAGGGGUGGGAGAAGGUUCGAAGGAGAAACUUGCAAUUAAAUAUUAUAUUGAGUACUACAGACCAAGAGGGAACACAAGCACGAUGUUAAAAUUUACAGAAUUAAACGUCCCUUUGAUCUUUUGCGCUGUAGCGACGGCUUUGUUAACAAAUCGGCCCACCAUCGCUUCCGAUGAAGGAACUGUCAUUUACUUGAAAGGUGAAACCAUGAAGCGCUUCAAUUACAAUCCAUGGGCACAUUCUAGACGACAGAUGGCCGGUCCCAGUCCAAGGGUGGAAGCCAGCAAUUACAAAAUUCUCGACCCCGAAACGCCUCAACAAAUGGGACUUUUAAGCCAGAAGUACGAAAACAUAGAUCUACUCCCUCGCAUGCCCGGGAGGAGGUCGAUACGGCAAAUUUUGAGAAGCCACCAGAACACAAAACGUCCAAAAAUGGGGAACAGGAACGAUAGUCGAACCACCCUGGUCGAUGUCACACCUGAGUUUAUUGUUUACAAACGACUGUUUGGAAGAGGAACAAGCUCUAUACACCCAAAUAGAUCUUUUCCGAUUGAAUGAUUGUAUCGAUUGCAAUUAUAUAUGACUGUAUAGAACAAGAAAAAUCAGGUUUUACUGUGCAUGUUAUGUAACAAAUACACAAUACGAAAAAUAAAAGCAUUUAUUAUUU